GUGCUCUCACUUUCUGCUCCUCGUUUCAGAUCUUCAUCAGCCCGGAAAAACAUCGGAAAGAUCGAAUUGAAUCUGAUUUUCAAGAUACAUUUUGUUCCGCCAAAGAAAAGAGGGGUAAUUUCGGGAAAUGAAGGCGGAGUUGAACUUGCCGGCCGGUUUCAGAUUCCAUCCGACAGAUGAGGAGCUCGUAAAGUACUAUUUGUGUCGGAAAUGCGCAUCGGAGCCGAUCACGGUUCCGGUUAUCGCCGAGAUUGAUCUCUACAAGUUCGAUCCUUGGGACCUUCCUGGGAUGGCUUUGUAUGGAGAGAAAGAGUGGUACUUCUUCUCGCCCAGAGACCGGAAAUACCCGAACGGUUCGCGACCAAACCGGGCAGCGGGAACCGGUUAUUGGAAGGCGACCGGUGCGGAUAAACCGAUCGGUAAACCGAAGACGAUGGGGAUCAAGAAAGCACUCGUCUUCUACGCGGGUAAAGCUCCCAAAGGGAUCAAGACCAAUUGGAUCAUGCACGAGUACCGUCUGGCUAAUGUCGAUCGGUCUGCCUCUGUAAACAAGAACAACUUGCGUCUUGAUGAUUGGGUAUUGUGUCGGAUAUACAACAAGAAAGGGACAAUGGAGAAGUACUAUCCUACGGAAGAGAGGUCGGCGGCGGGGAGGGAAGACCAAUCACAUUUCGACACGUCGUCGGAUUCGUUCCCGACGGCGCAAGAGGAUUCGAGCAGCUCGGGUCACGUGAUAUCACCGGAUGUCACGUGCGAGGACAACAGGGAGGUUCAGAGCGAGCCCCCCAAGUGGACGGAGCUCGAGAACGCAUUCGAGGCCUUCGACAAGUCGCUGUUCGGUUCGAUGGAGUUCAUGCAAAAUGACGCUUUUGUCCCUCAGUUCCCGUACCAGACCGACUUCUUCUCCCUGUUCCAGGACCCGCCGCCGGAGCAGAAGCCCUUCUUGAGUUGGAGUUAUGCUCCACAGGGGUAAAAGUGGAAGAUCACACGAAUGUUGCUGUACAUCUUUCCAAGCUUAAGCUAGUAAAUGGGAAUGUGUAGUAGGACCAUCAAAUCAGUAGUAGUAUCAUCCACUCGUUGUCCCCAGCCAGAUUCUUGUUGUUCUGCAAAGAAAGUUUAUGAGAAAGAUAUAUUCAUUA